AUAAGAUAACCUCAAACUUUAGUUCCUUCAGAAAAUCGGGACAUUUUCAGCAACUUCGAAAUUGUGAUGUUCCAAGAGUUUUCGUUUAUAAAUAAAUGCUAAUACUGUAGAACAGUGGGUUUGAAUAAUGUCGUUGCUAAGAUCUACGAAGUUUGUGCGAUAUUUCACUGGAGCAGCCAGAACUUUGAUACUAAAUUCUGCAAAGACCGCAGAAGCGAAUUUGCUAGUGAACCCGAAGGCUUUAUGCGCUGCUAAUAAUGUCGUACUGAGAGACUAUGCAACAUCAAAAAAGAAAGAAAGCUUAGAACCACUGCUGCAGAAAUUGGAUGCAGAAGUACGAAGGUUUGGACGGAUCACAAAACGGGACAUUGAUGAAGUCUUUGAUGAAAUAAAAGCUAAAAAUGACAUUACAAGCUCACAAUCCCUCCUAGUUAUCAGAUGUUGCGGAGAAUUGGUUCCCGAAGAAUUACCAGAACAGAGAACACUAUUGGUACAGAAAAUAUGGAAUGUGCUCACAGAGAGAGGUGUCCCUAUGGACAUCUCUCAUUACAAUGCGCUGCUCAGGGUGUACCUGGAGAAUGAACAUCCAUUCUCCCCAGCAAAGUUCCUGGAAGAGCUGGAACUUAAAGGACUGCAGCCUAACAGGGUCACAUAUCAGAGGCUCAUGUGGCGAUACUGCCAAGAGGGCGAUGUAGAAGGCGCAACAAAGGUCCUAGAAAAAAUGAGGGAACUCAACUUCCCGGUAUCUGAACCUGUUCUGAAUGCCUUAGUCAUGGGCCAUGCGUUCCAUGGUGACACCAAUGGAGCUAAAGCAGUCCUUGAAACCAUGUCCGGAGCUGGACUCCAACCUACAAACCGUACCUAUACAUUGCUAGCUUGUGGGUAUGCCAAACAAGGAGACAUUGACGGUGUAGAGAAUGUCAUCAAAACAGCAACUGAGAAAGAUGCAUACAUGACUGAUAAGGAUAUCUUGGACAUCAUCGAACAGAUGGCUCUGGGAGGACAUGGUGACAAAGUAGAGAAACUCUUCCCUCACCUCCUGAAGGGCGCAGGGUACAAUCAAGAUGUCUGCAAUGUCAUUUUGAGACUUCUAAAUAAGGGUCACGAAGAAACAGCUAAGAAAAUCAUGAAGACAAUGCCUAAGUCGCCUAACUUCGAUGAAACGCUAUUUAAAGGCGCAUUCUUCAUCAAACAGCUGUUGAGACUAAACAGACCUGCAGAUAGUUUUAUAAAAACAUGCAAUGAAUUGAAACAGGAAGGUCUAGUGCCCGGCGCUUUCUUCAUCGCCACUGAAGGAGCUCUGCAAAUGGGCAAUGUAGAAUUAGCCCUGAAGUUAUUCCAGGAGUUACAGAAAGAGGGGAUGGAAAUUCGUCAGCAUUACUUCUGGCCGUUGCUGGCUCGGAAAGGGAAGGAGGGAGAUGAGGAAGGUCUCCUGCAAAUUGUCCGCGACAUGGUCAAGAGCGGCUGCUCGCCCACCGGCGAGGCUCUCAGAGAUUACAUCAUACCAUAUCUGAUAAAGAAGGACAAUCCAGAUAAUGUAAUUGUCAAACUCCAAAUAGCCAGUGUUCCCGCAAUCCACACAGCUAGAAACGUCAUAAUUGACCUUUUGGAUGCUGGAAAAACAAAGAAAGCGGCUGAGGUAGCCGUGCAGUACCGACCCCGCGGUCAGUUCCAAAUAUUGUGGAGACCACUUUUAAAUUCAUUGGGGCAAACCAGAGACAUUGAUUCGUUCGCUACUAUAGUUCAUGUAAUCAGCAGUCCAUCCCAAACAAUACAAACUGAAGAGGACUCCACCACUGAUGAGGCACAUAGCACUGACAGCUCUGACGAAAUUGGCCGACUUGUAAAAUCUGCGGUUAAAAAUUUAAGCAAACCUGAUUUAUGUGAGAAACUCUUGAAUGCCUUCUAUGCUAAAGGGAUGAGGAUAAGUACAGAAGCUGCUGAGGCGAUCGAACAAUACCUCGGCAAAGACAUGACGACGGGUCUGUCUGAACUGUUAUCCAAGUUGACUUCGGCUGAUUUGGAACCCGUUCCUCUCGAAAGUCAGCGUCGUAUCCCGUUACAGCCUCGAACUACUGGUAGCUUGGAACAAUUACUCGCCCAAGCUAAAAGCAAGGGCAGUAACAAUGUAAACCGCAUUCAAAAACAGCUAUUGUCUGCUUAUAUUAAAGAGAACAAUCUUGAAAAAGUUAACAGUUUCUUACCUGAACUGAAAGCUUCCAACUUUGAACUAUCAGUUGCAACUUUGGCACAGUUAUUUGAAUUUUACUGUGUGAAUAAUGAUGUUGAUAAGGCUAAACAAAUUGAAGCAGAAAUAAAGGAGAAAGACCCGUCAUUUGUAUUGAAUAAGUUCAAGAGGGUAGAGAUGGCUUAUGCGUUAGUGAGGGCGCAGAAAUACGACGAGGCUGUUGCAUAUUUCAAGGAAAACAAACCUAAAGUCGAAGACGAUAACAACAAUUUCCUGUUUAACUCUAAAUGCUGGCAGAUACUGAACAGUUUGGCUGAAGCCAAGGAAGAUGGCGCAGUAAAAGAGUUAACGAAGGUAUUAAUAGAGAACAACUACGUAGAACCGUCGAAUGUGCUUCUGGGUCCGUCGAUCAAGGUGCACAUUUUGAAAGACGACAUCGAAGGCGCCUUAAAGGAGUUCGAGAACUGUUGCAAGUUGUACCGAAGCACUCCGUGGAAAGGCGAGCUCAUGAAGCAACUUAUCAUGAAAGAAGACGCAACUAGACUGCAGUGGGUCGCCGAUAUGAGCACACAGAUCCACGGUGAGGUGAACAUCCUGCAUGACCUGGUGCUGGCGUUCGUGGAGUGCGGCCGGCUUCGGCAGGCGCGCCGCAUCCUCGAGACGCCGGGCAUGCAGACGCGGCAGCGGCGCCUCGACGACGCCUGCCAGAGAUACGUUGAGGAAGGCAAAUCUGAGCAUUUGGAAGGCUUGCUCGAAGCGACAAAAGAACUCAAUCACAUUGACCGGUCACAUAUCUUCUAUCACCUGCUCGUCACAUAUUGCCAGGCGGAACAAACAGACAAAGCUCUUGGCCUUUGGACCUUACUACAGGAAGAGGGAGAGGUCCCUAGUGAUCAAUUCCUCAUUUACCUCGGAAAACAUUUGAAAUCCAAGAAUCGUGAAGUUCCCUUUGCUAUGCCUGAAGACCCCAAAAGUAUUGCACCCCAAAAGUCAUCCAAGUCCAAAAAUGAAGUCGUUCAAAAGAUUGUCACCCCUAAACAACCUGCAAAACCCACGAAGAAGAUAGUUUCAGAAAACAUCGAAGAACUGGUGAAAAAUGGUAAAGCAUCACAAGCAAUGGAUAUCGCCGUUAGAUCCAUAGAAGAAGGAGUAAUACCGAAGGCGAGUGUUAUAAAAUUCAUGCUUAAGAAUCUGGCUCAGGAGGGAAAUGUGGAGAAGAUCCAACAACUGGGGAAAUAUAUAAACGAAAACAUGCGGCGAGAGGUGACAUAUGACGACAAGUUGACGCUGGCAAUAUUCACGCGCGGCGCGGGCUCGCAGCACAUAGAUAACCUGUACGAGGCAGUCAACGCCGCCAACACAGAGAACGACUUGGAAAUUGCACUCAAAAAGUUCCCCAGAAGCAAUGCCUUGGCUUCUAUCAUAAACAAUAAUGAUUUGAUACAAAAAUGUCACAAAGUAGCUGAAUUAGCUGCUUCAAGAGGACAACUGAUGCCAGCAAACCUUCUCUGGAUGGAAUACGUGCUGGCAGGAAAGAACCAGGAGGCAGAGUCACUAUGGAAGCUGUGGCUGAGCAAGGCUAACGUUCUCGUCUUCAGAAGACUGCUACAAGAGGCGCACACCAAGAACGACCCGCAACUCAUAGAAACAUUGAUCAAUGCACUCAAAUCCAAUCAAAAAAUAUCCGAAGGUUCAUUAGGAAAUGCGUUUUCCAGACUCAUCAACUUGUACCUAACGAAUUCAAAAACGAGUGAAGCUAUCAAAGUGUAUGAGCAAGCUAAAAAACUUGGAGUUACGGCGAAUAGUUUCAACAAAAACUGCCUGAAGAGACUGCAAGAUGCUGCCAAGGCUGAAGGCAAAGAGGUCAAUGUAGUCUGAACUCUUAAUUAGCGUACUAAGUGUGAUAAAGUGUCUUGCAUUUUGAUUAGCAGUAUGCUUUGUGUAGUUGGAAUUAUGUAUUCUAUAUUAUUUCUUAGCGACCGGCAGUUUUAUUUAUGGUACUAAUGUAAAUAAGUAUUUUUUAACUGUUUAUAAAGAAAUCCAGAUUCUCCGUGUGCGUCCUGACACAUCCAUUUAUGCCGUUUAAAACCGUACCUGGUAUACAGGUAUCAAUCAGCCCAGUUUACCAAAUAUUUUUAACGAAUAGGGUAAAGUUUGCAAAGUAUUCAACUAAAAUCGAAUUUGAAGCGUUUUGACUGCUGAAUCUAAUUGUACCAAUACGUAGUUAUUAAUAUUAGUUCAUUAAAUUAUUAGUUAAUA